GUGAUGUUGCAGUGGAUCCUUAGCGGGUUUCUUGCGCUGUUCAGCAGCUUAGACGUAUGGUACUUUCUACGAGGGGCUGUGGUAACGCUGAAGGCCUGGUUUCAGGGUCCAAUUCGGGAUGUUUUGGCUGAGCAAACUGUCCAGGGGCGAGUGCUGUCUAAUGACAUAGACUUCAUGGGCCAUAUGAACAAUGCUCGCUACUUGAGAGAAUGUGACUUUGCCAGAUUUUCUUACUACACGCGUAAUGGGAUGUUCAAAGCCGUAAGUGUAUUAAAGGCGAGCAUGGUGGUGGGGGCGUCAACCAUCCGUUACCGAAGGUCGUUUCAAUUUGGUGAGUCAUUCGAGCUGCGCACUCGCAUAGUUUCCUGGGAUGAGAAGUCAUUCUACUUGGAGCAACGGUUCGUCUCGAAAAGAGACGGUUUCAUCUCUGCCAUUAUGAUGUGCAGGCAGAAUGUUAUACGCAGUACUCCAGACAAGAUCUUAGAGUUUCUCUGCAAGAGAAAGGUGGAAUGCCCUGAUAUUCCACAGGACCUUCAGCACUGGAUCAACUUCAUCUCUGCCAGCAGCCAGGCUCUGAGGGCAGAGCAUGGGCUGGAGGGAAAGACCAAAUGAGAACAGAUGUGGACCCACAACUCUUCACCCAGACGCACACUACUGACUUUCAGUCUACCAAAUCUACCAUACAUUGUUGCUGUUGUAUGAGUGAACCAGACAAAAGGAGCAUUUCAUCAUGACAAUUAAGGGAACAUGGAACCAUAAUUGAAAAGUUAACCAAAAAUCUCAGAAUAUUAAUAAACACAAUUUUGAUAAUUACAUUGAGGUAUGGAAAAUCAAAUAGAAGAGGGGACUAUGAAUAUUAUAAAGGAUGUAAUAGAAUCUCGUGUGGUUGUCAAAAAUUUGGUGUUUGAUACUUGAUGUUUAACUGAAGAGAAGCAUUUUGUCCCAAUGCAGUGGUUUUCUCUUUAUUCUUCUGAUAAUGCCUUCUGCUUUAUUUAAUGUCUCUAUAUGUAUAAGUUGGUUAUUUAAAACUACGACAUUGUAUUUGACCAAAUGUCCUCUUGCACUGGCAUUGUACAAACAGGGUGGUCCUCUGUUUCAGUAUCAUUCCUGUUUGUGGAACGUUUUGUAAUUUGCACUGAAAUAGUACUGUACCAAAAAUACUUGUAUUUUUAGGAAGAAAAAGAAAGUAUUUUAAGAAAGAAACAUAAAUAUUAAUUUAGGUAAUAUGAACCUUGUAGUUUGCACACAUUUGAUAGUUUGAUUGAGACAAUGUUCUAUGUUCUUUUAAAGAUUUGUUUUUGUUAUUGU